CUGCAAAGUCGUCCCUUGGCAGCGUGGAGGAGCCUGUAUCUUUAAAUGGAGCGUUGGUAGCUCGAAAUGGAACGUUGUGUUCGUGAGCAUUCUGCGGCCUGGUGACUAACGUUCGGAGGAGCCUGGAAAGUCAGUCACGCUCUCGCCAGUAGCACCUGGCUGCGUCUCCCCUUUACACCCACCGUCAGCGCGGGCAUUAAUACCAGUUUGUUGUUGUUCGUUGUCCAAAUCCCGAUAGUACUUGCUUCCACGGAGCUGGAAGAAGCAAACAGACAUAGAAAGUCGUUUGCACAGUGGGGUUUUUUUGUUUUUUUGUUUUUUGUUUUUUUGAGAUGGCUUUAAAAUGUCUGCAGCAGCUUCCAAAGGGAGGGGAACGCAUUAUUGAUGAGUUGGGAAUAUGCUUUCUUCCUGGGCAGGGCCCUGCGGGAAGGUUAAAGAACUCGUUCUUGACAACUGUAGGUCAAAUGAAGGCAAAAUUGAAGGACUCACAGAUGAGUUUGAAGAGCUGGAAUUCUUAAGUACAAUCAACGUAGGCCUAAGCUCAGUUGCAAACUUACCAAAGUUAAACAAACUUAAGAAGCUCGAACUAAGCGAUAACAGAAUCUCAGGAGGACUGGAAGUAUUGGCAGAAAAAUGUCCAAACCUCACGCAUCUAAACCUAAGCGGCAACAAAAUAAAAGAUCUCAGUACAAUAGAACCUCUGAAAAAAUUAGAAAACCUGAAGAGUUUAGAUCUUUUCAAUUGUGAGGUAACCAACUUGAACGACUACAGAGAAAAUGUGUUCAAGCUCCUCCCACAACUCACGUAUCUCGACGGUUAUGACCGGGAUGACAAAGAAGCCCCAGAUUCCGAUGCAGAGGGCUACGUGGAGGGCCUAGAUGAUGAAGAGGAGGAUGAAGACGAAGAGGAGUAUGAUGAAGAUGCUCAAGUAGUAGAAGAUGAAGAGGAAGAUGAGGAGGAGGAGGAAGGAGAAGAGGAGGAUGUGAGCGGGGAAGAGGAGGAAGAUGAAGAAGGUUAUAACGAUGGUGAAGUAGAUGAUGAUGAUGAAGAGGAAGAAAUUGAAGAAGAAAAGGGGCAGAAGAGAAAACGAGAACCCGAAGACGAGGGUGAUGAAGAUGAUUAAACUGAAUAACCUAUUUUGAAAGUUUCCUAUUGUGAUUUGACUGUUUUUACCCUGUAUUCUUCCCCCCUUCCCCCCCUGAACUUUUUUUUUUUUUUCUUUCUGAUUGUAAUGUUGCUGUGGGAAUGAGAGGGAAAGCGUAUUGGGUGGGCGAGGGAAAAUGCUAUUUUUACUGCCACUCCUACUUUUCAUUUAAAAUUUUUUUUUGUCCCUUUUAGUUCCUGACUGUAAAUGCAAUAGAAAGUAUAAACCAAGUGGCAAUUUGUUUCUUGUUAUUGGAGUGGAUCGUUUGACAUCUUAAACUUAAGAUCAGUAGAGGAUAUCCAAAAUAGACAUACAGUCUGUUUUGAGAUAGCUAAAUAUCUCUGGUUGUUGGGAUUUACCAUCUCUGCCAGUCACUAAGCAUAUUGUAAGAUUUUCUGGGGGGAUGCUGCAGAUCUAGGCAGAGCAUCCAGUCCACAGCAACAGGUGUGAGAAUGGCAUAUUGAUAAAGUGAUUUCUUUGUUGCCUGUUUGUGAAUGACUGCCAUUUUCAGCCAAAGCUUUCCCUGCUUCUGUAGGUAACUCUUAUUUUGCUGUUUGUAAAUAGUGACCAAAUGUGUUCUUUUUGUUUUUCCUUUUGUUGAGUUCCUUUGGAUCUGGUUUAUGGGGUGACUACUUUGCAAUCCCCCUCUGUGUGUUGUUUUUUUGGGGGUUUUUUCCUUUCUAUUUUGGUUUUGUUUUUUUUUUUUUGGCCUGGGAUACAGCCAAUACACUGAAAAUGGCAGGCAUUUAAAUAUAUAUAUAAAUAUAUAUAUAAAAAAGUGUUCCUAAUUCCUGAGUUACUAGUGAAAUGAAUUUGACAAUUGUAAUAAAAAAAUGUUUCAACCCUUUUAAAUAAGGUGUGUACUAUUUUGGUCUGUAAUAUAUAACGACACUUAGCCAAUUUUAAGUGAUGAGAAACGACUUCCACUUGUGCUAUAUACUUAGAAAAUUUUUACAAACCUAAAUACAGGAGACAGUACAGCAUGUAGUGUAGGAGGUUUCUUUUCAUACACGCAAGCACGAAAUACUAAUACAAAAUUGUAUUUUCUUACCUAGUGGAAGUCAGUAAAAUGACUGAAAAUACCUAGUGAAUGUACAGUUUUACUUUCAUAUCCCUCUUUAAAAUAGCUUUAGAAGUGACUUGUAUUUCCUAGUCAAUAUUUCAUCUGUAUAAAUACAUUUGCAAGUUUUUUUUUCCCAGAAGAGCCAAACUUUUGAGUUUUAUGUCUGUUUGUCAUUGAUGAAUUUCAAUAAAUCUUUUUAUACAA